UGGCGUGUCGUGGAGUGAGAAACUUCUCUCCCUCCUCCUUGUUGCCCCUCUUUCUUCCCAAAUUCCCUCGGACACCUUGUCAUCUAACUUUUCAGAGACGCAGUGACCGGUGAACAGCAGCUGGCUGUACAGGCGAGGGUUUCGUUUGUUUAUUUAUUUUUUAUUUCUGACCUAUCUGGACGCUCUCCGGAGGAUUUCCUUUUCCAGUUCAGGCAACUGGAGUGACUCGACCAAGUCCCCCCCUCACCCCACCCCACCUCUGAAUCCCUGCCUGAGGAAUGAGAGGACUGCUGGAGAGGAAGAGCCGAAACUCGCAUGUUUGAAUGAACAAAAGAACAGAAAGCGAGGCUAUCGCUCCCGGAAUGGAGGGAAAUAUUCUGCCUGCAGCAACAUCUCCCUGCCCAGUUCUAAACACAAACCCUGUGAGACCUGAUCCAGAGGGGGAAAGCAGUCCUUUGAAGACGGACAACACCGAGAGGAUGGAUUCUCCAGCUAAGAAAGAUACAGACCGAAGACGGACGACCCCUUCAAAAUCUGACAUUAUCUCUCGAUCACCUGCGUCACCAGCAUCACCAGCCCUCAAGUCAAAACGAGAUGCCAUGAAGGCAGAAGACAGGCAGAAGCUUGCAAAAGAGCGGCGAGAGGAGAAAGCGAAAUAUCUUGAAGAGCUCAGCAAGUUGCAAGCGGCCAAAAAGACCCAGUGGCUGGAGAAGGAGGAAAAGGCGCGGCAGCUCAGGGAGCAACAGCUCGAGGAACGACGCAGGAAGCUCGAGGAGCAGCGGAUCAAGGCGGAAAAGCGGCGAACGGCCUUGGAGGAGAGACAAAAACAGAAACUAGAGAAAAACAAAGAACGGUAUCAGGCGGCCAUCAACAGGUCAACAAAGAAGACGUGGGCAGAAAUCCGACAGCAGAGAUGGUCGUGGGCUGGUGCACUAAGCCAGAACUCAAGCCAGAAAGAGGGCAGAUGCUCUGUUUCAACGGUCAACCUGCCCAAACACGUGGACUCUGUUAUAAACAAGCGACUCUCCAAGUCCUCCGCCACGCUCUGGAACUCCCCCAACAGAACGCGCAGCCUUGCAUUGAGUCCAUGGGAGAGCAGCAUAGUCGACCGGCUGAUGACACCAACUCUUUCUUUCCUCGCCCGGAGCCGCAGUGCUGCUAGUGUCCUCACAAAUGGAAAAGACGGUCACUCUCCUCUCUGCCCUCGUUCAGCCUCAGCAAGUCCGUUGACCCUGUGUGCCCAUCAGCCGCACCACCGCUGCUCUGACCGCUGGAGGGUGACGUCCAGCUCACCAGAUAUCACCCAGCGUCAACGCAGGCGGAGCUCCACACCUAUGGAUAAAAACAAGAAGGAAAAGAAAGACAAAGAAAGGGAGAAUGAAAUGGAAAAAAGUGCCAUCACUAAAGAAAAAGUGCUGAAGAAGAGACAGUCUCUACCUAGUAUGAGACAUAGACCUGAUCCAAGUCCUAGUCCUUUAUCAAGACAACGGCCAGCAUCCCCUGCCACACCCAAGGGCAGAACUGCCUCUCCCAGCCCUGCUGCCUCCCCCAAGCCUCCGUCAGCACGCGGAAGCCCGUCAACCCCGAAGGCCCGGCCCAAAAGAGCCAGGACCCCUGCUAGGGUAGACCACCGGACCUCUUCACCUGCCCCUCUUGAGAGAGUGAGACAGCCCCAUAGGCCAGCCACCCCUGAAGAGAAAAAGAGUUCCCCUGUGGCUCCUGCCAUUGUGGUAUCCUCAGCUACUGCCAAUGCAUCAGGCACACCAGUCACAACCAGCGCCAUUUCCUCCUCGCCUGAGCCAGCCCAUUCCUCUCCCUCUGUGCGUACAGUGUCACCUGCACCCUCUCCAUCCGCCAAGCCCAUGGCAGGCACGAAUGACCCAGAGGAGGCGGCUCGUAUUCUGGCAGAGAAACGCCGACAGGCCCGAGAGCAGAGGGAGAGGGAAGAGCAGGAACGCCGCGAACAGGAAGAGAAAGAGAGGAUCCUGAGAGAGGAACGCUUAGCGAGGGAAGCAGAGGAGAGACAACGCAGGGAGGAGGAGGCACGAGCCAUGGCUGAGGAGCAGAGGAAGAGGGAUGAAGCGAAGAGGCUGCAAGAGGAGAAGGAGGCUCAGGAAAGGGCCAAAGCUGAGCAGGAGGAGAAUUUACGGCUGCAGAAACAGAAAGAGGAGGCUGAGGCUAGAGCUCGGGAGGAGGCGGAGAAGCAGCGCCUGGAGAGGGAGAAACACUUCCAGAAGGAGGAGCAGGAGAGGCUGGAGAGGAAAAAGCGACUGGAGGAGAUCAUGAAGAGGACACGGAAGACAGAUGGAAGUGACAAGAAAGAGACAAAGUCCUCCCCACUCGCACAUGUCAAUGACAAACAGGCAGAGAGUAGCAAAGCAUCUGCUGACUACCAGCCAACGCCUGAGGUCAGCAUUCCCAACAACAAAACAGAAAACGGACAGGCCGAUGUCAAGGAAAGCCUCUCAAUCCAAGCAGUUAAUGGGGUCCAGGCUACGAAGCUUGAAAACGGUGUUUCGACGAAAGAAGACACUGUCCACUUGGAAGACAUCAUCCAUCUCACAAAUCACGGCAACUCCACUAACGGAGCCCUGGACAAGUCUGAGACCAGCAUGCCCACAGAGCCCAUCCUUUCUUUUGAAAGCGAGGAGUCAUUCAUGAAAAAGGCAGGCCCCAUGAAGCCUCAGCAUGCUGCAGAGGUCCUGUGACAUAUUCCAGCGCUGAAGUGCUUGUUGCCUUAGGCCACUGACCUUUCCUAGUCCUGCCAAAACUCGCAUUGCGAGCCCUGUGACCUGUGCCAAUCAACAAAAAGCAAGCAUACUUCCCUCCGAAGAUAAAGUGGGUCACAGAAGAUGACGACAAAGCAACUGACAGAACAGGAUGAAAGGUGUUGCCGCAUACAGCACCGUUGCGACAGUGUUAUCAUUCAUCAAACUCUUUGCAGCACCGAUUCCAUGCACCUUGCUACUCAACAGUAUCAUCCUUUGUACAUUAUAGUACAGCUGAGUAAUGAUUACAGUAUACUGAAAAAGAACUGUUUUCUUUGCUCUUUAGUUAUUUAACUAAAAGAAAAAAUAUUAAGACUGGGUACAACUUUGUGUAUAAUGUAAAUGAACUUUACGUAUCGGUAAAAGGAAGGUUGGAUCAGUGGAUUAAAGCUGUUUGAAAGGGAGUCAUUUUAUGCUACUCUAUCAUGAGUAGAUAUGAAUAAAACCCAGAUACUGUACAUCCUGGUUUGUACAAAACUACCUGUACUGGUUUUUGAAAAAGGUAAACUGAGAAAUCAGAAGAUCUGAAAUUAAACGUCACAAAGAAUGGCUUGUUACUUUGUGUAAACAUACUGUUGGUUCAUGUCUAAACCUCAGCUAUGAUUGAUUGUAUGCAUAACUGGAUGUAAUAAUAAAUCUGCAACCUUUACAAUUAAGAAACUGUAAGUCAUCAAAGGUCAAACGUCUGUAAACGGAGAUCUCCUCCACUAUUUAACAAUUGAAGCCGUUUCCCCCUCCCCCACAUGUGCAAGCAUGACUUUUUUUUCUCAUUUGAAAUUCUGGCGCGUGUAUAUGCUAUAGAUAUAUUUUGAUGUGCGAUGUAAGGCCAGUGGGAAUAUCUCAAGUCUUAUUAAAGACAAGUGGUCCAGUC